UCACUAACUAUUUUCAUAUUCAUAUUUUUGAAACAUGCCUGGUGUUUGGGAAAUCAAGAAUGGAGUAGUGAGGCUAGUUGAGAAACCCGGUGACUCCCACGGUGCGACGGUUCGUAAUAAAGUGCUUGUGCACCUUUCUAGUAAUGAAGUAAUAACAUCAUAUGCAUCUCUUGAGAGGAUUUUGAUCUCUAUUGGAUGGGAGAGGUACUAUGAUGGUGAUCCUGACCUUCUUCAAUACCAUAAAAGAUCAACUGUUCAUAUUAUUUCUCUACCAAAGGAUUUCAAAAACUUCAAGUUCCCCCACAUGCUUGAUAUUGUUCUUAAGAAUCGUAAUGACUUUACAACUAGGGACACUAGUAUUACUAAUAACAAUUAAUUGAUUUGAGAUAUUUUCUCAAAUUAAUUAAUGUUGUUUCUUCUUUUAAAUAAAGCUAAGGUUUGGCUUGUGUUAUUUAAGUUUCUUUUGGGUGAGGAAGCUAGUUACUUGUUGUAAUGGUGUUUAAGAGUGAAGUUUUAUGACAAUAAAAACUUGGUUUGGCUUGUAACUUGUAUCGAUAUAUUUACUUAAAUUCGUACUAUCCAA